AUGGCUACCCCUCAGAUUCAGUUUUACCAAUAUCGACCGGACUCAGAUGCGCGUCACAACGCCAUCUUCACACCGAUGCCCCAAGAGCAGCAGCCGAUGUAUGCUCACCACAUGGGAUACCACCAGCAGCCCGUACGCUACCCAGCACCUCCUCAAUACUGGCAACCACACCCAUACCCUCAGCCGCAGUAUCUGCCCCAGCGAAUGAUGAGCCACAGCGCAUCGCCACCUCUCACGUUGACGAUGCCUAUGGCGAAGGGUCACAUGGAGCAUCUGAUGGAUCAACGACCACCUACGCCGUGUUUGUCGGCGUGCCCAUCGACCGCUAGCAGCCCACCUGCAAGCAGUGUAAACCAAACGCCCAUCCACCCUGGCUACUUCAACUUGCCCAUUGAGUUUGGCAAGGAGGAAGUGACAACGCCCAUGCUGCCAUACGAGUACAGCGAGUCUGCUGAACUUCAUGUCUUCCCGCAUCCUGGAGAUGCCAAGCUUGGAGGCCACGGACCGCUGAGCGGCUGCAAUUCUCCGAGUUUAGGGCCCGCCUCGCCGGCAUCAUCUUCUUCGUCGUAUCCCGUUGCUGAAUUUGUUAACUUGCGCGACCUGACUUCUGGUUCUCUGGAAACGGCACCCGUCAUUCCAUCUGUACAACAAUUCCCACCACUACCAACACUUCCCCUCGAAGAAGAAGAACAUAAGUUUGCUUUGACCACUACCACUCUCCCUAUCACCCCUGCGCACGAGCCAACCGACCCUUUCAACGCGUCAAGUGUAGCCCCUGCAUUUGAGCCAUCUUUCUGCAGCGACCUCGAAUCUGAGGACGAGUUCAGCUUCGUCAACUUUUCUGAAGAGGUGGCCUACAACGGUGACAAGCGCCAGAAGCUGUCACCUGUAGCUGAAGAAGAGGACUUCCUCAGCGUUCACAGCUUCGGCUCCUUCGACGAAGAAGAGGCGGCCCGCGCUGGUCUUCCAUCGCCUCCUUGCUCGUCUUUCUCUGACGAUUGCGGUCACAUCCACGCCAUGAACGGCAGCGAGUUCGAAUUUGAAGGUCUUGCUGAUGGCUCGCGUCCUCAGACGGCCGAUGGCCAGCAGACUGGCAUGUCGACCGGUUCGCACAGCCAGUCAAGCUCCAACGAUGGUCACGAAGGCCACGCUCAUGGCUCGCCAUCCGGCGGCGCCCCAUCAACGAACCGCCGUGGUCGCAAGCAGUCAUUGACUGAGGACCCCUCCAAGACAUUCGUCUGCACUCUCUGCUCGCGUCGCUUCCGCCGUCAAGAACAUCUUAAGAGGCACUAUCGAUCUCUCCACACUCAUGACAAGCCCUUCGAGUGCGGUGAGUGCGGCAAGAAGUUCUCACGCUCUGACAACCUGGCACAGCACGCCCGCACACACGGUUCUGGUGCCAUCGUCAUGGGCGUGCUUGAGAACGGCGAGCUGAACCCUCAACAAUACGACGAGGAGAUGGGUCACCGCCUGUACGAGGCUGCCCAGGCCGCUGCUCUGGCUUCCUCGUCAUCCUCAUCAAGUGGAUCUGACUCCAGCUCAUCGCAAGAGAGCAAGCGAGGCAACAAGAAGCGCAAGAGAGAUGAUUCUUCUGCUUAG